AUGGGGAAGUGCAAGUUUAACGUGAAGUGGAUGGACGAGGAGGCCUUUCGAAGGUGGUUGAUACCGACCGAAAACGACCAUGAAGCGAAGUGCAAAUUUUGCAGAAAGACUUUUUCGUUGGGGAACAUGGGGCUCAAAGCUGUUGAGUCGCACAUGAAAGGAGGGAAACACCAGCGGUACGAAGCAGCAGCUAGUCAUAGCGGGAACAGGCUAAUCCCCGCAUUGCUGGAAGCACCAUCUAAAGACUCUCCAAUUUCAGACGGCACCUCUCAGUCGGAUAUGGUAAAAUUCAUGUCACCGCCAGACACACAAAAGGCAGAGGUACUGUGGGUUCUCCACACUGUGACGAGGCACAAUUCAUUUAAAUCCAAUGAGGACAUACGUGACGUCUUUGCUGCUAUGUUCCCUGAUUCCCAGCUUGCAAAAUCAUUCACGUGUGGUGAAAAUAAAACGGCAUAUGUCGCCAAAUAUGGCAUCGCUUCAUUCAUCAAGAAGGAGCUAUCACGUAGCGUUUCUGAGAAGCCAUAUGUUGUCAUGUUUGACGAAAGCAUGAAUAAAACGACAAAGAGCAAACAAAUGGACCUUCAUUUACGGUUCUGGACUACUGAUGAUGAGACUGGCACACACCAUGUCAUCUCCCGCUUCUAUGGGUCGGAGUUCAUGGGUCACUCCAGGGCCGAGGACAUCAUGGCUCAUUUCAAGGAAGGUACAAAGGAGUUGGAUCUGAACAACAUGGUCUCACUGUCAAUGGAUGGGCCUUCUGUUAAUUGGAAAUUUGUUGAACUCUUACAAGAGGAACACCGAGAGCAGUGUGGUGGAGCCCAGCUACAAAUGACUGGGAGUUGUGGCCUUCAUACUAUGCACAACUCGUUCAAGAAUGGCUUUGCGGUGUGGCAAGUUGAGAAAGUCUUAAAAGCCCUGCACUACCUGUUUCAUUGUGCACCUGCAAGGAGAGAAGACUUUGUAUUAGUCACCAAGUGCAAUACAUUUCCUCUGCCAUUUUGUGGACAUCGAUGGCUGGAAAACCUGCCGGCAGUGGAGAGAGCCAUUGAAAUUUGGCAAUAUAUCAUCACCUAUGUGGAUCAGGUCAAAGCCAAGAAACUCCCCAAUCCAAGGUCAUCGUCAUAUGACACUAUCGCAGAAGCCCGGAUGGAUCCCUUGAUCCUAGCAAAGUUGCACUUCUUCAUGAGUGUCUCAAGAAGUUUUCAGCCAUUUCUCACCAAUUACCAGACAGAUGCCCCAAUGAUUCCAUUUCUUGGCAGAGAUUUGGAGGAUCUAAUCAGGAGCCUUCUCAGACGUUUCAUAAAGCGAGAUGUCCAUGUUGAUCUUUCUCCAGUAAAACUGGUCAAGCUUGAUGUGACAGACCAAAAACUUUGGGUCAGUCCAAAGCAACUGGACAUUGGCUUGGGAGCCACAGCUGCCCUUAAGGGAAUGUCAGGCAGUCAGAGUGGUGGAAGUGAGCGAGAUGUUCUACUGUUCAUGCGAGACAGCCAGACUGCUCUGUCCAAACUUUGUCAGAACCUUCUACUGAAGUGCCCUCUGAAGUACCCCACUGUCCGAAAUAUGAUUUGCCUGGACCCCCAGAAAAUGUACACUGAACCAGACAUGUGCCUGCAAAAAAUGAAGGCCCUUAUCAUCAAGUUCGUGCAGGAUAAAAAGUUGUCUGGAGGAGUGACAGCGGGUGAUAAGAUUGCCGAACAAUUUCAGAAGUUUCUCCUCAGUGAGGCCAGAGGAGAGGAGUUCAUGGCUUUCAGUGCAUUGGAUGGAAAAUCCCGAGUUGACAGCUUCCUGCAUAAGGCCAUGAACGGAUAUGCAGAACUUUGGAGCUUUGUGGAAAAGCUGCUGCUCUUGUCCCAUGGGCAAGCUACUGUGGAGCGUGGGUUCUCCAUAAACAAGCAGGUGGAGAUGUACAAUAUGAAUGAAGACACUGUAGUCUCACAGAGACUUAUCUGCGACUAUGUGAGAACGUGUGGUGGAGUGGUCAAAGUGCCGUUAACUAAAGAACUGUUGAAUGAGUGUUCAUCCGCCCGCAACCGAUACAGGAUGUUCUUGGAUGAUGAGAGGAAGAAAAGGGAAAAGACAAAACAGACCAACAAGAGAAAAGAGAUUGAAGGUGAGCUUGAAGAGCUACGCAAGAAAAGAAGAACAAUCUCAACCGUGUGUGAAACUCUACACAACGAUGCAGAUAGCUUUGCAGAGAAGGCUGAGAAUGCAGCAGGAACCAAGAUGGCGGAACUUAUAACUAAAUCCAAUACCAUGAGAAGAAGAUGCAAGGAAAAGAGAGGGGAGUUAGUGGAGCUAGACUGUGAAAUUGAGAAGAGAGUGGCAGAGCUACGCCACAUGUCUUGA